CUCCACUUUGUUGCCAUAGGAGGACAGAGGCCAAGGCAAAUGGGCUCGGAUGGUGGCAAGGCCGUGAUUGUGGUGCUCACGAUGUGCUUCAUCGCCAUGUAUGCGACACCGCCAACGGUGACCAAGCUGCUUGACCACUGGGGCUACGUCUUCCCGUGGCUGACGGCGGUGCUGAUGACCUCGGGCUGGCCGGUCCAUCUCGGAGUCAUUCUCGGGCACAAGCUGACGCACGAGGUCGAUGAUGGACGGGUCCCGCUAACGCUCAAGCUGACGGCCAAGCUCUGCGCCAUGGGCGUCCUCGACUCGGUCCACAUGAUUACGCUCGCCUUUGCCAUCAACUGGCUGCCCGGCUCGACUUACAUGCUGCUCAAGUCGACGAACAUUGUGUUCAACGUCGUUGAGUCGCGAAUCUUCCUCAAAAAAGAGCUAACGCGGUACCAUGCGGCGUCGGUUGUGCUGCUUCUUACGUCGACAGCCGUUCUUGCUUCGCACAAGUCGGACCACAAGGAGUCCAAUGGCAUAACGAGCUCGAAGCACCUCUUCGGCUUUAUCUUCGCCAUUAUAUCUGCGUUUUCCAACGCUUCGCAGGCCGUGCUUGCCUCGUUUCUGCUCAAGGACGUUAAGAAGUCGACGUCGAUGCGGACCGUCGCUGAGGCUGCCUUCUUCAACGGCAUCUCGGCGUGGCUGGUCAUCAUCGUCUGCUGGCUCAUCUCGCGCGAGUGGACCGAGUACAGCGCCGUGUGGACGGAUGCCAGCCACAAGGAUAACCGUCACUUGUAUAUCAUCCUCUGCAUGGUUGCCGUCGCCCUCACCAAGCAGACUGGCAUGUUCUUCAAGUUUGCCGUCAUCUCCAAGUCGUCCGCCCUCUUCGCCGCCGUCGCAGACGUCGCCCGCCGCAUGAUCGUCGUCAUCCUUGUCGUCAAGCUCUUCCACGAGAGCUUUCCAUGGCAAAAGGCUGUCGCCUGUGCCAUGACUGUUCCGGGCAUCGCCCUUUACAUUUACGGCGGGCAUCUGCUCAAACAGCGCGCAGCCGCUAGGGCCAAGGAGUCGCCGCCGCUUCUCUCGGCCGUGAUACCGCCUGGGGAGAGUGUCAAAGCUGCUCCGUCGAUCAACGAGGCCUGA